AUGUCCUUCGCAAAGGCCCUCCUCCUCCUCCUCCUCUCCGCCCUCGCCUCCGUCAACGCUCUCGCGACCCCCCACGUUGUCAGGGCUCACCACCAUGCCCUCGCUGCUCGCGUCGCCGCUCCCGCUCCCGUAGACAUCCCCCUUGCUCCCCUUCGCAAGCGCCAGAACUCCAAGCGCUGCAGGCAGAGGUCCUCGUCCGCCGUCGCUGCUCCCUCAACAACCCCCGCGUCCUCAACAGCCGCCCCUCCUCCCCCUUCAACCACAACGCGAGCACAGCAAACGACCCAGGCACCCAGGCCUACCACCACCACACAGGCACCUGCACCCGCACCCACCACCACCAGGGCGUCGUCAGGCGGUAGCAACAACAGCAACCUCCCAAGCUUCAUGGUCGGCACCCAGACCGGCCAGGGAACCUUCUAUGCCACUGGCCUCGGUGCUUGCGGCAUCGUCAACAAGGACACCGACUACAUUGCUGCAGUCUCCCACCUCCUCUUCGACAACUACCCCGGAUACAAGGGUGGAAACCCCAACAACAACCCAAUGUGCGGCAGGAAGGUUAUAGCCACAUACAAGGGAAAGAGCGUCACCGUUGCUCUUACUGACCGUUGUGAGGGCUGCGCUGUGACCGACCUCGACUUUUCCCCCAGCGCCUUCAACCAGCUCGCUGACUUUGCCCUGGGUCGUCUCUCUGGCGUCACCUGGGUCUGGGCCUAA